AUGGCUGAGGGGGACCCCCGCCUGUGUGCCUAUGCUGUGGAGGUGAAAGCAGGACGGAGGGAGCCCUGUAUCCUGAGCCUCUCCCAGCGCUAUGGGCAGUGCGAGUUGAUUAUCCAUUCACAGAAGAAGGACCCAUCUGACCAGGAUAACAUUCCCAUCAACAGCCGUUUUAGAUGUGUGCAAGAGGCUGAAGAAACGCUGUUGAUUGAUAUAGCGACAAACACUGGCUGCAAGAUCAGAAUACAGGGAGACUGCACACCAGAGCGCCUCUUUGAGAUCCCCAAUGAGGAACGCUGCCUGGGGUUCCUCGCCGAAGUGCUGAAUGUACAAGAAGCCCAAUCGAAAGCACCUCUUCCUGAGCACAGGGAGCCAGCCAGCUGGUAUCAGGUGGAGAAAAACCUCCCAGCUCCUCCUCAAUCAUCUGUUUCAGGGGUUCUAGGCUUUGAAGAUCAUUUCAAUGCCAUAAGUUUGGAGAAGAAAAGAAACUUACAAAACCAGCAAAUGGGAUCUCGCCGGGAGCCUCCGCCGCCGCCUCCUCCGCAAAAUAGGCAGUUUCAUCGAGAGAGGGAAGGUAUGGCCAGAGACCAGCCAAAAGUAACCAACACCAUGCGCAAGCUGUUUGUGCCCAACACACAGUCUGGGCAAAGAGAGGGUCUCAUCAAACACUUGCUUGCCAAAAGAGAGAAGGAAUACGUCAACAUCCAGAGCUUCAGGUUUUUUGUGGGAACGUGGAAUGUGAACGGCCAGUCUCCGGACAGUGGAUUGGAACCCUGGCUAGUCUGUGACUCAGACCCCCCAGAUGUCUACUGUAUUGGGUUCCAGGAGUUGGACCUCAGCACAGAGGCUUUUUUCUACUUUGACUCAAUGAAGGAGCAAGAGUGGCUGGCUGCUGUGGAGAAGGCCUUGCACCCCAAGGCGAAGUAUAAGAAAGUGCAGGUGGUCCGUCUGGUUGGGAUGAUGCUAGUUGUGUUUGCCAGGAAGGAUCAACUGAGUUAUAUCACAGAUAUCAUGGCAGAGACUGUGGGGACUGGAAUCAUGGGGAAAAUGGGUAACAAGGGCGGUGUGGCCGUGAGGUUUGUAUUCCACAACACCACUUUCUGCAUUGUCAAUUCCCACCUCGCUGCUCAUGUGGAGGACUUUGAGCGGCGGAACCAGGAUUACAAGGAUAUCUGUGCCCGGUUAAGCUUCCUGCCCCCUGACCAGGGCCUGCCUCAGCUGAGCAUCAUGAAACAUGAUGUUGUCAUCUGGCUGGGAGACCUAAACUACAGGCUGUGCCUCCCUGAUGCCAGUGAGGUGAAAACUCUGAUCAGUAAGAAUGAGCUUCAGAAGCUGUUGACAUAUGACCAGUUGAAUAUUCAGCGGACUCAUAAGAGAGCUUUUGCUGACUUCACAGAGGGAGAGAUUAAAUUCAUCCCCACGUACAAAUUUGACUCUAAAACAGACCGCUGGGAUUCCAGUGGGAAGUGUCGCGUGCCAGCCUGGUGCGAUCGAAUCCUCUGGAGAGGGGGGAACAUUAAUCAGCUCCGGUACCGCAGUCACAUGGACCUGAAAACCAGUGACCACAAGCCAGUCAGCUCGCUGUUCCUUAUUGGGGUGAAGGUUGUGGAUGAGCAGAGGUACCGGAGAUUGUUUGAGGAUAUUGUUCGCAUGAUGGACAGAAUGGAGAAUGACUUCCUUCCUUCACUGGAGCUUAGCCGGAGAGAGUUUGUGUUUGAGAAGGUGAAGUUCCGGCAACUACAGAAGGAGAAGUUCCAGAUCACCAACAACGGGCAGGUCACCUGUCACUUCUCCUUCAUCCCCAAACUCAAUGAUAGCCAGUACUGUAAACCAUGGCUUCGGGCCGAGCCCUGUGAGGGGUACCUGGAGCCGAAUGAGACUGUGGACAUCUCCCUGGAUGUGUAUGUCAGUAAGGACUCUGUGACCCUUCUAAACUCGGGUGAGGACAGAAUUGAGGAUAUCCUUGUCCUUCACCUGGACCGAGGCAAGGAUUACUUCCUCACCAUCAGUGGGAGCUACCUGCCUAGUUGCUUCGGCACCUCCCUGGAGGCUCUGUGCCGAAUGAGACGACCAAUCCGCGAAGUUCCUGUCACCAAACUUGUUGAUCUGGGAGAAGACAGCUUCCUAGAGAAGGAGAAAUCACUUCUGCAGAUGGGCCCCUCUGACAGCGAGGAUGCCAGUGAGAGACCCCUGCAGGUGCCUAAGGAGAUCUGGCUACUGGUGGACCACCUGUUCAAGCACGCUUGCCACCAGGAGGACCUGUUCCAGACACCUGGCAUGCAGGAGGAGCUGCAGCAGAUCAUUGACUGCCUGGACACCAGUAUCCCUGAGACAAUCCCGGGCAGCAACCACUCGGUGGCUGAGGCACUCCUCAUCUUCCUGGAGGCUCUGCCGGAGCCGGUCAUUUGUUAUGAGCUGUAUCAGCGAUGCCUGGACUGUUCCCACGACAGUCGGCUGUGUCGACAGGUGAUUUCUCACCUGCCCCGGUGUCACCGCAAUGUGUUCCGUUACCUGAUGGCGUUCCUGCGGGAGCUCCUGAAAUACUCAGAGGACAACAACGUCAGUGCCAAUAUGAUUGCCACCCUGUUCACCAGCCUCCUCCUGCGGCCUCCACCCAACUUGAUGUCGAAACAGACUCCACAAGACCGCCAGCGUGCCAUCAGCUUCCUCCUCGGCUUUCUGCUCGGGGGGGACGAAGAGUGACCUCCCUGCCCACGAUGCGUGGGACCCACUGCCCGUGGUUUGGUGUUUGCCAGGCCCACCCCAUAGCCCUGGAGGGGGGAAGCUAUGCUACAGUUUGUGUUCAUCAUCAGGAAGGAAGUGACCUCCCAUUCUUGCCCCAGCUGUACCUACACUGCAGAGGACUUGUACACUCAUCACACUGCCACCCAAGCCAGAGCUCUCCACGGGACAGGGGCUGUGCUGGUUCAUCCCCCAUCAUCCCUUCCCUGCCAGUGGAGUUUUUAUGGGAAGGGCAGACCAGGAGCUCCCUGAGGGCCUGGAGGUUGGCCAUGGUGUCCCCUGGCUGGACUCUGCUGCUCUGUGUGUAUAUGUAUGUGUACACACUGACACCUGUGUGUCUUAGCCAGCUGCACAAAGGGGCUUUCCCGAGUGUGCAUCCCUUGUUUUGGACCCAGUGUGUGCCAGCAGCAGCACUGAAGGCCUCUCCAGUCCCUUCAGCGCUGCAUGGCUUUUCCUCUCCGCUCUGUGGUUUGUGUGAUGCGACCCCUGCCCCUGCAUUGCUCACCUCGCCCCUCCCCCAAGCAGGGUGGCCUUACUCUGGCUUGCUGGCACCUGGUCCAGUGCUGGGGCAGUGUUCAGGGAGGCCCUGGCCCAGCUUCCUUCUGGGGUGCCAGUGGGGUUGCUGGUGGAAUAAUGGGGUGAUGUUGCAGCCCCACUGGGGAAGGGGAGAGGCAUCUGAGUAGUUGUGUUGUGGGGGGACAGUUUAGUCUCCUGUGAGAGCGGGGCGAGGGCUCAGCCUCCUCGGGGUGUGCUGGGGUAGCUCAGUGGGGCUGCAUGGGCAGUUGGCAGGGCUGCUGAUUCUCUGGCAGGUCAGAA